UUCAUUCAACUCCGUACCAUAACAUCAAAGGGUCAGCUCUCCCCCGUUAAAAUUCAAACUUCCGUCUCUGACUCUCUUCCUCCUCCCUUUCUUUACUAUAUAAAUAUAACCACCAACUUCACAUUUUGCUGCUCAAUUACUCUUUCUAAAAUUAAUUAAUAAUUCUCAAAUAUUCAUACUAAUAGAGUCAGCAGUUAUUUUUUUCUUGGUGAACAAGCUGAAGGAUUUUGAGUUUUGCCUUUUUUGUGAUUUUAUUUGCCAGGUUGAUAUUUUAACGAAUUCUAUCUGUUAAAAGUGUGCGUACUGGGAACAAUUUGUCGCUUAGAGGAGCUAAUGAUAGCCAUAUAGUAUGGAAUCACACCAUUUGUAUGGAUAUGGUGUGACUGGUGCAAAUUUGUCAUACGCGUACUCUAAGACUACUACUCCUUCGAUACCUAAUAGGCUGUUGGGAACGUUGAAAUUUGAUUCGGGAUAUUCUCCGAAUUCUCCAUUUGUAAACUAUUUUGAUCCUGGUACUCCAACCACUUUAAGUGAUAGCCUGGAGCAGCACAGCUCUACUGAAAAUAUUUCAGGAACUAGUUGUUCCAGUAAUUCCUCGCUGGAUUAUAGUCAUUAUUUCCGUAGGCCUAGCCCCUCUCCAGAUUUCCGCCAGAACAGUCUACUGGUUUGUUCCGGUGAAACUUCCUUACUCCAGUAUGCAAAUCAUAGUCACAACGUGAAACAUGCUUUGCUGCAAUUGGAGACUGCUUUAAUGGGUCCAGAAGAAGCUACAACAUCCAGUCCCUCAGCAGGGGAAAUUCAGCAGCCACAGACAUCAGGUCAGAGUUCAGGGAUGUGGAGCCAAGAUGGCCAGGUUUUGCGUAGAAUUGGUUCACAGCCAUCACCUGUUCCCAUCUUUGGCAUAUCAGGCAAUAGAAUUCAAAGUGAGAAGCGGCACAAAGCAAUGGAGGAUUUUCCCGUGCAGGGAAUUCCUUCUGGCAACCUAAAGCAGCUGCUUAUUGCGUGUGCCAGAGCUCUUGCUGAGAAUAACUUAAAUGAUUUUGAGCAAUUGAUUGCCAAGGCAAGAAAUGCUGUGUCCAUUACUGGAGAUCCAAUCGAGCGUCUCGGUGCUUACAUAGUAGAAGGGCUAGUAGCAAGAAAAGAUGGUUCCGGAACCAAUAUUUACCGGGCUCUAAGAUGUAAGGAACCAGCUGGCAGGGACUUGCUUUCCUACAUGCAUAUCCUAUAUGAGAUAUGCCCUUAUCUAAAGUUCGGUUACAUGGCUGCAAAUGGUGCAAUAGCAGAAGCAUGCAGAAAUGAAGAUCGCAUCCACAUUAUAGACUUCCAAAUUGCACAAGGGACUCAAUGGAUGACUCUUCUUCAAGCUCUUGCUGCCAGGCCUAGCGGUGCCCCUUAUGUACGUAUUACAGGUAUUGACGAUCCAGUUUCAAAAUAUGCCCGGGGAGAUGGAUUGACAGCAGUGGGGAAACGUCUUGCAGCAAUUUCUGCGAAAUUCAACAUUCCGAUUGAGUUUCAUGCGGUGCCAGUUUUCGCUUCUGAAGUUACCAGGGAUAUGCUUGAUGUGAGGCCUGGUGAGGCUCUGGCAGUAAACUUCCCUUUGGCACUUCACCACACACCGGAUGAGAGCGUUGACGUGACUAACCCAAGGGAUGAACUUCUCAGGAUGGUGAAAUUUUUUUCUCCCAAGGUUGUUACUUUGGUGGAACAAGAAUCAAACACAAACACAGCUCCCUUUUUCCCUCGAUUUCUAGAAGCUCUAGACUACUAUUCUGCAAUGUUCGAGUCCAUAGAUGUGACGUUAGAAAGGGACAGAAAGGAGAGGAUCAAUGUGGAGCAGCAUUGCUUGGCAAGGGAUAUAGUUAACGUCAUAGCAUGCGAGGGCAAGGAAAGAGUGGAACGCCAUGAACUAUUAGGCAAAUGGAAGCUGAGGUUAACAAUGGCAGGGUUCCAUCAGUAUCCUCUGAGCUCUUACGUGAAUUCGGUGAUAAAGAGCCUAUUGAGGUGUUACUCAGAGCAUUAUACACUGGUGGAGAAAGAUGGUGCUAUGUUGUUGGGAUGGAAGGAGAGGAACCUAAUCUCAGCAUCUGCUUGGCACUGAAAAAUGGUGGAGAGCUAGUUCUAGCAAAUCACCAGUUGGGAAACAGAUGAAAUAGCCUUUUGUCUUAUCAUAUAGUUUUAGUGUUCAAUAGAUAAAUUUCAUGUAUCACAAACUAUUUUUGUUUAUACACAUCUGUCAUUGUGUUCA